AUGGCGUAUAAACCAAGCAUAUGCACAAUGUCUCUGGGCAGAUGCUACGCUGGCCAUUCUCUCCCAGAGAAACUAGACAUGGCCAUGAAAUACGGCUUCUCCGGCAUAGAGUUGUUUUACGAAGACCUCCUGGACCUCGCCAAGAAGAUGCCUGGCGGAGCCACUCCGGAAAAUCACAUCUCGUCUGCUCAUUUGAUUAAAGGGUAUUGCGACGAUCGUAACCUCGAAAUCAUUUGCCUCCAGCCUUUCAUGCACUAUGAAGGACUUGUGGACCGAAACUUGCACAAUCGCCGCAUAGAGGAGAUGAGACUCUGGUUCAAAAUGGCACACGUGCUGGGUACCGACCUUAUCAUGUUGCCAAGUAGCAACCUACCGCCGGAUCAAAUCACCAAGGACAUGGAUUGUAUUAUCCAAGACAUGGUAGAAAUAGCAGAAAUGGGUCUUCAAGAAUCACCCGUCAUUCGCUUUGCAUACGAAGCUCUCUGUUGGGGAACUCGUGUUGAGACCUGGGAGGCCAGCUGGGACAUUGUGUGCAAAGUAAACCGGCCAAACUUUGGCAUCUGCCUAGACACAUUCAACAUUGCAGGCCGCAUAUAUGCUGAUCCCACAAUGUCAACCGGCCGCAAUCCCGACGCCGGCCGAACCUUGUCGCAGUCUUUGGAUCGCCUUGUUCAGUCUGUCCCAGCCGAUAGAAUAUUCCUCUUGCAAGUCGCUGAUGGGGAGCGACUCGCACAGCGACUCCUGCAAGGCCACGAGUUCUAUGACCCGGAACAGCCACCUCGUAUGAGCUGGUCUAGGAACGCAAGACUGUUCUAUGGUGAACCUCAUUACGGAGGUUACCUGCCUAUCCGAGAGAUACUUCAGGUUCUUAUUUCACGGGUAGGAUUCAAAGGCUGGUUAAGUCUUGAAGUAUUCAACAGGCGACUUGCCGAUACAGAUCGGUCAGUUCCAGAAGAAAUGGGCAAGAGGGCAUCACAAUCAUGGAACAGUCUCAAGAGAGACCUCCAUUUGAAUACCAAUAGCCUGAGCUAUACCAGCAAGCUUUUACACUUGCUAAAUUCGAGUAAUGAUUCUCAGCAUAUUAUUCGUACUCACAUGUGA